UAUUGGAGGCUUCUCCAUAUCUUCAGGGCAUGGAUUCUCUUCUACAGAGGAAUCAGGGAGACUUUCCUCCUUGGAGUCGGGACAAAGCAGAUGAUGUACAGGAGGAGGAAGGAAAACUCCACAGGACAUCCCCAGAAAGAGUGGAGGAUGAAAACGGGAACUGUGCGAUUAGAGAUGAAUCACGAAGGCAGAAGGAAAAUGAGGCAAAUGAGAGGAAAAACAAACCUCACCCUUAUCUGAGAGGAGUUGUCUGUCAAGUAGAAGAGGAAAAGAUAAUAAACAAGUGCCUCAAUGUCCUUCAGAGCUCAGAGUCUGGGCUAAAGAGCCCUCUGAGGAAAAGCCCAGUGAAAUGUCCAACAUGCCACUCAGAGGAAAGUCUGUGUCACUGUUUGGAGCAUGGAGAGAGUUCCAGAAGGAGCCCAGAAGAUCGAGGAUUUCCCACAGGAGAGAAACCUUAUGAAGACUCAGGGUCUGAAAAAUGCUUCAGUGUUAGAUCAGCUCUUCAAGUCACUCAGCCUGUGCUCUCAGAAGGAAAAUUGUAUAAAGGUGAAGAUUGUGGCAAGAGCUUCAAGGGAAGGCCUGGACUUAAACAACAUCAGGGAAUGCACAGUGAGGAGAGACUCUACAAAUGUCAUGAAUCUGGAAAGGGCUUCAUGUGGCUGUCAAGUCUUGGAGAACAUCAACAAAUUCAUACAGCAGAGAAACCCUUUCCCUGUGAAGAAUGUGAGAGGAGGUUCACCAAACACUCACAUCUUGUAGAACAUCAAAGAAUUCAUUCAGGGGAAAAACCCUUUCCCUGCGAAGAAUGUGGGAAAAUGUUUUCCCGAAAGUGCAACCUUGUAGUACACCAACGAAUUCACUCAGGAGAAAAACCGUGUGCAUGCGAUGAAUGUGGGAGAUGCUUCACUGCUCCUGCAUCUUUGAAAGCACAUCAGCGUCAUCAUUUAAGGGAGAAAUCCUAUCAAUAGAAAUAUGUGGCAAACAGUUUGGCUACUGUUCAAACCUCGCCAUACAUCAACAAAUUCACUCUGGGGAAAUACCUUAUAUAUGCAAAUAAUGUGGGAAAUGUUUCAGUGAUCUGUCAGCUUUCAAAGUACAUCAGUGCCAUCAUUCAGGGAAGAAAUCCUAUUGGUGCGAAAAAUAUGGAAAAACUUCAACCAGAGCAAAGAUCUUAGAGCACCUCAGAGAAUUCAUACAGGAGAGAAACCUUAUCAGUGUGAAGAGUGUGGGAAAUUUUUCUCCCUAUACUCUUACCUCACAGUACAUCAACGAAUUCACUCCAGAGAAAAAUCUUAUCCAUGCGAUGAAUGUGGGAAAUGUUUCACACGUCUCUGCAAUUUAACCAUACAUCAGCGUUCACAUUCAGGGGAGAAACCCUAACAUUGUGAAGAAUCUGGGAUUAGUUUCACAGCCGAGUUACCCUUCACAGCACAUCAACAACUUCAUAUUGGAUAGAAACCACAUGAGUGUGAGGAAUGUGCGGAAAGAUUUCUCUCGUUCAAUCUGAGAGAACAUAAAAUUUUCACUCCCCUUAGAACGUCUAAAAUGGAGAGAAUGUGGGGGAAAACUUGCUUGCAAAAACCACAACAUCACACAUCAGCAUAUGCACAGAGAGCAGAAAGUCUGAAGAUUUGGCAAAAUGACUUUAAACUUCUGAAAUGACAUCUGAAUAUCUCUCCUGGGAGGAAAACAUUCGGAGAUUCAUAGGAUAGGGAGAGCUCUACUGUUGACUUCAGCCUUUGUGGACCUACGAAGGCACUUUGGAAAGAAACAUUAUGUUGGCUUUGAAUGUGGAAAUCCUUUGGAGGAAAUGUUCUCUUCCUCCCAAGGUUCACAAACCCCACAUUCCUGAGCACAUUCUACAUCAGGAAGGUGAUGGUCAACCAGGCUAAUGCUUUGGUUCAACGUCUGCAUGUCGGAAGACAGUGACAAAGAGUGGAUGUGAUGUGUGGAUCUCUCUGCCUCGUGUUCUGUGAUUCUUUGUCCGCACCUAUUGCGUCUUUUACUUCAAUGGUUUUAUCACAAUUUUAAUGUUAUCAUUUUAUAUAAAUUGCCUUGAAACCAAUAAAUG